GCCAAGGUCUCUGUUGAGCCGCGAAUGCGCCGGCUUUGAGCAUCCCUGGCCGGGCAGGCGGGUGGCCCCGGGGCUGCAGCUCCGGCGGCCGCUGCACGGCCCGCGCACGAAAUGGCCAGCUCCGGAGAGGACAUGCACAAUGAGGAUGACCCAGGCACCUUGGCGGCCCCGGUGGCGGGCGGCAUCCACCUCCUGGACUUCUCCGAUGAGAUAUUGCUGCACAUCCUGAGCCAUGUGCCGAGCACAGACCUGGUGCUGAGCGUUCAGCGCACCUGCCGGAAGCUGGCGGCCCUCUGCCUGGACAAGAGCCUCAUCCAUACUGUGUUGCUGCAGAAGGACUAUCAGGCCAGUGAGGACAAGGUGAAGCAGCUGGUGAAGGCCAUUGGCCGUGAGAUCCAGCAGCUGAACAUGGCCGGCUGCUACUGGCUGUCGGGCGCCACCGUUGAACACGUGGCCCGCUGCCGCAACCUGGUGAAGGUGAACCUCUCGGGCUGCCACCUGACCUCCCUGCGCCUCUCCAAGGUACUCUCGGCACUGCAGCACCUGCGCUCACUGGCCAUCGACGUGAGCCCUGGCUUCGACGCCAGCCAGCUGAGCAGCGAGUGCAAGGCCACCCUGAGCCGCGUGCAGGAGCUGCGGCAGACACUCUUCACGCCCUCCUAUGGCGUGGUGCCCUGCUGCACCAGCCUCCAGAAGCUGCUGCUCUACUUCGAGAUCCUGGACCGCACACGCGAGGGUGCCAUCCUCUCUGGCCAGCUCAUGGUGGGCCAGAGUAACGUGCCCCACUACCAGAACCUGCGGGUCUUUUAUGCCCGCCUGGCCCCCGGCUACAUCAACCAGGAGGUGGUGCGCCUCUACCUGGCCGUGCUCAGCGACCGCACGCCCGAGAACCUGCACGCCUUCCUCAUCUCCGUACCUGGCAGCUUCGCCGAGAGCGGGGCCACCAAGAACCUGCUGGACUCGAUGGCCCGCAACGCCUGUCUGGACGCCCUGCAGUUGCCCAAGUCCUGGCUGAAUGGCUCGGCCCUGCUGCAGCACAUGCGCUUCCAUAACCCCUUCUACUUCAGCUUCAGCCGCUGCUCCCUGUCCGGUGGCCACCUGAUCCAGCGGGUCAUCAACGGUGGCCGGGACCUGCGCAGCCUGGCCAGCCUGAACCUCAGCGGCUGUGUCCACUGCCUCUCACCGGACACCCUCUUCCGUAAGGCAGAGGACGAGAUUGACAGCAGCAUCCUGGAGACGCUGGUGGGCGCCUGCUGCAACCUGCGACAUCUGAACCUCUCGGCUGCCCACCACCACAGCGCCGAGGGCCUGGGCAGGCACCUCUGCCAGCUGCUGGCCCGCCUCCGUCACCUGCGCUCCCUGGCCCUACCCGUCUGUGCCGUCGCUGACUCGGCACCCCGGGCCGACCGCGCACCCGCACCACCGGCUCUGCAUGCCGUGCCACGGGGCUUCGGCAAGAAGGUGCGCAUCGGUGUGCCAUCGGGGCCCAGCCCCUUCGCAGGGCAGCCAGCGCCCCAACCCGCCUCUGUGUUCUGGUCGCUGCUGCGGAGCGUGCCUUUUCUGGAGCGCCUGGAGCUCAUAGGCUCCAGCUUCUCCUCCGCCAUGCCCCGCAACGAGCCCGCCAUCCGGAACUCCCUGCCACCCUGCAGCCGGGCGCAGAGUGUCGGUGACGCUGAGGUGGCUGCCAUCGGCCAGCUGGCCUUCCUGCGGCACCUGACGCUGGCCCAGCUGCCCAGCAUCCUGACGGGCUCCGGGCUGGUCAGCAUUGGCCUGCAGUGCCAGCAGCUGCAGUCGCUCUCACUGGCCAACCUAGGCAUGAUGGGAAAGGUGGUCUACAUGUCUGCCCUCUCGGACAUGCUGAAGUACUGCAGGCGCCUCAAGGACCUCAGGCUUGAGCAGCCCUACUUCAGUGCCAAUGCGCAGUUCUUCCAGGCGCUGAGCCAGUGCUCCUGCCUGCAGCGCCUGUGUCUGGUCUCCCGCAGCGGCACGCUUCAGCCCGACGCCGUAGUGGCCUUCAUGGGCCGCUGCCUGCAAGUCGUCGUGUGCCACAUGUUCACCGGGGAGUCCCUCGCCACCUGCAAGAGCCUACAGCAGUCCCUGCUCCGAAGGACCCAAUUCAGGAUUUAGUCGCCAUGUCUCCCUGGCCUUCUCCAACCUGUGACAGUCUUUCCUUGUCUUUCAUGACCUUGACACUUGGGAAGCACACUGGCCGGUUAUUUUGUACAGCACCCGUCAGUUAGGUGUGCCUGGUGUUUUCUCAUGAUUAGAUGGAGCUUGUGCUUCUUUGUCACGGAAAUCUUAGUGCAUCGUAUCAGGAGGUAUGUGACGUCGUCGUGUCUUACUACUGGAGAUGUUGACCUUGACCGCUUGUUUUGGGUGAUGGAUGCCAGCUUUCUCCAUGGUAAAGUUGCUGUUUUUUCUUUUCAAAUUAAUAAAUAUCCUGUGGAGAGAGAUACUUUGAGACUCUGCAGAUAUCCUGUUUCUCACCACACUUGUGCUCACUAAUGCUAGCACACGCUCAAGGUUCUUGCCUGCAACAGUUGUUACUGUGGUGUUGGCUGAGUGGUGAUUUUUUGUUUCCUUCUUUCCUCCUGCCUUUGUUAAUUGGAGUACACUGUGAGGAAGACCUGUCCCUUCUCCCACCGAUGUGUUUAUUUAGUUGCUUACUUGUAUCAGUAUGAACUUAGGGAUAUUAAUUUUAUCUGGUGGGCUGUAGUCUAAUAUGACCUGCCCAGUUCCUUCCCUUUCUCCUUUCCCUUCCUUCCCUAUCUUUAUUUAUUUUCAUUGCAGAGAAUUUUAUAUAACAAAACAUUUACCGUUUUAACCAUUUUUGCAUGUACAAUUCAGCGACAUCUAUAACGUUCCUGGUGUUGUGCAACCGUUACCACGAUCAGUUUCCCAGUGUUUUCAUCACCUUUAACAGAAACUCAGUGCCCCUUAAACAGCACCUCUUUUCCCCUCCCACCAGUCCCUGGUGAUCACUAAUUAUCGUUAUUUAUUUACUUAUGUGGAAACCCUGGUGGCAUAGUGGGUAAGUUCUAUGGUUGCUGACCAAAAGGUUGGCAGUUCAGAUCCAGCAGGUGCUCCUUGGAAACUGUAUGGGGCAGUUCUACUCUGCCCUCUAGGGUUGCAAUGAGUCAGAAUCAACUCGAUGGUAGUGGGUUUGGUUAGGGUUUUUUUGAUUUGCUUAUUUAUUUAUUUUCUGCCUUUAAUAUCCAUUGGUCAUUUUUUAUGUUGAUGCUCAAAUUAUUCCAAAUUUGACCAUUGGGUGUUUUUUCAGCCCUGGAAUCAAUUGUUUCGCCAAGGUGCCCUGGUUCCUUUUAUUGGAGAAUGGUAUUUAGAAACGCAGAUCUGGGUGCUGGGUGUGCUCAUUGCUCCUGGGAUGUCAUCACCGCUUCUGGGCCUUUCCAGUGGACAGAGCUUAGACAUAUCUGUAUAGACUGAUAAAGGCACACACAUCUGUAUUUAUUUUUAUAUCCAUCUACUGAUACUAAGAACAGUGAGUUCAUACUGAGACUACUGAUUCCAGUCCGUACGGUAGCCUUUGCUCUUUGUAGCCUUCCUUCUUUCCUUCCCUAACAGUGAGGAAUCUGGCUCUCAUCAUCCACAAUACGUUAUUUGUCCAGUCCUAGCAUGAGAAACAAAUUUACUGAUUAGGGUAUGCUACUUAUGUACAGUUUUUGUUUUUAGCUUCAUGAUAUCCAGUCAAAAUACUGUUUGUGGAAGUUACUUAGGAUCUUUUCUUCUUCCCCACCUCCUUUAGGGUGGUUAUGAUAUUCCUUUGUCAUACAGUUAAGUUCAUUUGUUACUGUUUAAUAUUCCAUGUUGCGUUCACCCCACAUCUCCAUUGAUUUUAUUUAUUUUUGUUGAUACGUGAAGCCUUACUAUAGUUCUAAAAGUCAGAGCUGUAGAAAAGGACAGUUGGACAAAUGUCACCCCCAUCCUGCUUACCCUGUCCCUAGUCCCCUUUUCUUUUUCCCCACCCCUAUUGAUAACCAGCCUUUCUGUAUUUCUUCUGCACAAAUGAGCAGAUACAUGUCUAUUUUCUUAGGUCCCCUUCCCUUUUACAUGCACUUUGCUUUUUCACUGAAUAGUAUGUUUUGGGAGUCACUCCUUAUCAAUUCACAGAGCACUUACUCUUUUUACAGUUCUGCAUUCAUUUUCAAAUUGAUUUCAAGAAGCUUAAAAAAUUCAGAAACAAAGGAACAUUGUUAUCGGUUGACCCGAAGCUCCCUGACCCCUCUGAACCUACCAGCAUGAGUUUGCUUUUGAAAUCUGUGACAUACAUGAAUCCAGAAGGAACAGCACUGCCUUCGUUUCCUAGCGCUGCUGUAACAGACACCAUAAGUGGGUGGCCUUAAAGAACAGAAAUUUAUUUUCUCACAGCUCUGGAGGCUAGAAGUCGAAUCAGCAUGUCAGCUGUGUCUAUUCCUUCCGCGUCAGUAGCCCUGGGUGUCCCUUGUCUUGUAGUAAUCCUCAUAUGAUGUCUGUCUUCCCCUAUGUCCCUUCUGUUCUUUUUAUAACUCAGAAGUGAUUAGGUUUAGAACCCAUCCCCGCGGGAUGACCUAAUUAACAUAAGGAAAAUCCCAUUUCAAAACAGGAUUAUAUUUACAAGUAUUGGGGCCAGGAUUUCAAUACAUAUUUUGGGGGGACACAAUUCAAUCCGUAACUUCUGGGCCUUCCAGCUUACCAUUACAGAAAUUGGCGAGGUAGUGGGGGUGACCCCUGUAGUCCCAGAAAUUGAAAUCUCAAAAUAAUUGAGUGCAUUUACUUACUGUUAGAUUACUCACCUCUUAGAAACCAGUUGUUGUUGAGUCAGCUGUGACUCAUGGCGACACGUGUGUCAGAGUAGAACUGUGCUUCAUAGGGUUUCCAGUGGCUGAGUUUUCAGUUUGUUUUUGUGUGUUUGUCACAUACACACAAAUCGUGGUUCUCAUGAGGUGGUUUUGAGGCCUGUGGACGUUGUUCCCACAGAGCUGGUUCUUCCUCUUAGGUGCUGGGCGUAGUCACACAUCAGACGAGUUCAUUACGUUGUGUUUCUAUCCUGUUGAUGGGUGUUCCAGUCUUCCUCUAUCCAGCCUGUGCUGCAGUGAAUAUCUUCGCGUGGACUUCCCUGUGCCUGGGUAUUCUCAGAAGGGGCAUUACUGGGAUGCUUCGAGAAAUUGCGAAAUUCUUCUCCAAAGUGAUUUGACCAAGCCCUGCCCCACGUGGGUGUGAGAGUUCCACUUUGCCUACCUCCUUGCCACCUGGAUUACUGUCAAUCUAUCAGAUUCUUCCCAGUCGUGGGUGGAAACGUGAUGGUGUUUGCGCUUGCGUUUUGUCUCUUUCUAACGUGCAUCAUUUUAUGUGCUUACUGGUUGUUCACGGUGAGGCAGUGCUGGUUAAUGGUAAAUUCUCACCUUCCCUGUGGGAGACCCGGGUUUGAUUCCCAGCCAAUGGUCCUCACACACAGCUACUACCCAUCUGUCAGUGGAGUUUUGUGUGUUAUGACGCUGAACAGGGUUCAGCAGAGCUUCUGGACUAAGACGGACCGGGAAGAAAAGGCUGACAAUCUACUUCUGAAAAUCAGCCAGUGAAAACCCCGUGGAUCGCAAUGGCCCAGCCCACAUCCAGUUGUGGGAAUGGUACAGGACCAGACAGUGUUUUGUUCCCUGGGUUGCCAUGAGUCAGGACUGCCUUGAUGGCUGCUCACAACAACAACAACAAUGACAACUUUGGAGAUUCACAGUUCCUCUUUUGUGAUUGUCUCUUUAGGUCCCUCAUGAGCUUGUCUGUUGAGUUUCUUUAGAGCAGGAGAAGGGGAAGGUGUGGAACCAGCUGUGUGCUUUGCUGAGGCCCCAGUUGGUGUCUUGUCCGUGGGCUCCAUGCCAUCUAUGAAACUCCACCGGGGGUCUUGUACUCAGUGGGCCCAGGUGGUUAGGUUUCUGGAGGAUUCUUUUCUCAUUUUUCUUAGCUGCUCUGCUCACUGCUGUUUCAUGAGCUUAAUGACACACGCCCCUGUGCACCCAAAGCCUCCUUUUAAAUUUGCUUUUAUCCUUUAUUCUGGUCUUGGAAGCCAGUGAUCAAAGUGUGUUGGUUUGUGUGCAAAAAAACAAGUCAUACAAUGUGAGGGCGAUGGGGCAUCUCACCAGUGACUACGAUACUUGAACUUUACUGCUUGCACGUGAAGGAAGUUCAGACUUCAUAUGACUGCAAACUGUGCUUGUAUGGUAACUAAACCAGUCACCAGAUACCUUUGGUCAAGUCAGUAUCUACGUUCAUCCCGCAGGUGACAGCGAGUUCACUUUUGUCCUCGAUUUGUAGGAAAACAUUAGAUUUAGUAUGCUCACGGAGGCUCAGGGUAGUGGACUGCUCCUGGUUCCAUACCUUAUCUCACCCGUAUAUGCCUGUACAGAGUGGCAAAGAUUCUCCAGGCCCGAGGUAGGCCAUGCGAAUGCAGCCGGUGUGAAAGCAGAAACUUGCCACUUCUGGGCCUUCCAACUUACCACUUCAGAAGUCAGGGAGGCGGGGGAUGACCCCUUUAGUCCCAGAAAUUGAAGUCUCAAAAUAAUUGAUUGCAUUUACUUAUUAUCAGAUUAUUCACCUCUGUCUUGUUGUUGUUGUUGUUACCUGCCAUUGAGUUGGCUCUGACUCGUGGCAACCUUACGUAUAACAGGGUGAGAUGUUGCCCCAUCCUGCACCGUCUUCAUGAUUGUUGGUGCGCUCGAGGACUUUUUUGCAGCCACUGUGUAUUUUGAGUGCCUUCCAACUUUGGGGGGUUCAUCUUCCAGCACCGCAUUGGACAGUGAUUUUCAUUGGCUGAUUAUUGGAAGUAGAUUGCCAGGCCUUUCUUCCUAAUCUGUCUUAGUCUGGAAGCUCUGCUGAAACCUGCCCACCAUGGGUGACUGAAUCUUAGUCAUCUAGUGCUGCUGUAACAGAAAUAGCACAAGUGGAUGGCUUUAACAAAGAGAAAUCUAUCCUCUCACAGUCUAGUAGGCCAGAAGUCCAAAUUCAGGGUACCAGCUCUAGGGGAAGGCUUUCUCUCUCUGUUGGCUCUGGAGGAAGGUUCAUGUCAUCAAUCUUUCCCUGGUCUAGAAGCCUCUCAGUGCAGGGACCCUGGGCCCAAAAGGCGUGCUCUGCUCCUGGCACUACUUUCUUGGUGGUACAAGAUCCCCCUGUCCCUCUGCUUACCUCUCUCUUAUAUCUCUAAAGAGAUUGACUCAAGACACAACCUGAUCUUCUAGACCGAGUCUUAUCUUUUUAAUGUAACUGCCUCUAAUCCCACCUCAUUAACGUCAUAGAGGUAAGAUUUACCACACGUAGGAAAAUCACAUCAGAUGACAAAGUGGUGGACAAGCACACAAUACUGGGAAUCAUGGCCUAGCCAAGUUGACACACAUUUUUGGGGGACCCAACUGAAUCUACAACAGUGACCCUGCUCGCAUUUGAAAUACUGGUGGCAUAGCUUCCAGCAUCACAGCCACACUCAAGCCACCACAGUAUGGCAGACAGACAGAUGGAGGUGGUUACAGGCUCUAAAAUGCUUAGCGCAGUGGGCUUUGGGAUUGACGGUAGCUGAUUUGCGAACCAGAGGGAAAAGUGUGUAGCAGCUCUGGCCCAGCAACUGCCUGCCUCCACGCGUGCCUGUCUGCCUCCACCCACGCCCUGCCUAGCUGCCCUACCAGCAGACCAAGGGUGAUUUUCUUAGGUGCAGCAGAUGAGGACACCCUGUGCCUGCUUUGCCCUCCCAGCUGCUGGGACUCCUGUCAGUUUGCAGUAGGUCUGAACUCACUGGGGCUCCUGCUUUGGGGAGGUGGUGCCCAGGUGGCCCUGGGCUGACACCUCCUGGUGGUUGUGUUCUGUUAGAGGGGCUCGGACUGGGACCACCAGCUCCUUCCUGCUGGCCAAGACUCGGGGGGUGCCAGACCAGCCUGUGCUGGACCUUGACAUUUCCUAGCCCUGAGGGGCUUCCUCUGUAGAGGUGAGGUCGUGUGUACACCCAUGUGUGUCUGUGUGUGUAUCUGUGUGCAUGCCUGUGUCUGGACCGUGUGCCUGUGUGUGUACCUGUGUGUGCCUGCGUGUGUACCUGCGUGUGUGCCAGCAUGUGUGCCAGCAUGUGCAUCUGUGUGUGCGCACACAGACCUUCUCUAAAGAGAACACCUGUGACCACCAAGUGGUUCGCAAGAGCCAUGCUUACGUCAGGGCAGCAGAUUGUGCCUCAAGGCCCCUCAGAGGCAGCCCCAAGUGACCCUCAGAACCCUUGUGAACGCAGUGCUCCAGGUUACUCCAUUGGGCUUGCACUGAAUGCCAGUCCGUGUUCUGGGUGUUUCUUGGUCCCAAUCUGCACACUGGUUCCUGCUGGCAGCUCACUUCCCUGGCCUCCUCCGUGGGUUUGGGAGCCCUCCUUUGACCCCUUCUGCCCCGAGCAUGCCACAUCCUUACUUGGGGGACUUGGUGCCUCCUACUCAAUAAAUUAUUUGCACCCUCCUUUAGAAGCUCAGAGUCCCUGGGUGGUACAAACAGUUAAUGUGCUCAGCUGCUAACUGAAAAUGUGGAGGUUUGAGUCCACCCAGGGGCACUGCAGAAGAAAGAGGUGGUGGUCUAUUUCCGAAAGUCAGCCGUUGAAAACCUUAUAGAGCACAGCCCUACUCUGACACACAUGGGGUCGCCAUGAGUCAACUGGACAGCACCUGGUUAAACUGGUUUAGAUGCUUAGGGUUUUGAGGGCUGGAAUGCAGCAACUCUUCUUUCCCUUUGCGUUUUUGUACCCUCCCCCAAGCCCAAACCUGGCCCAUCUGGACUCUGUGCCUCCCUACCCCCGUGCUGGUCCUGGGGUGACGCCUGGAGGGAGGCCAUUGACAGCCUAGGGUGGGCACCUGGUAUUUGAAGACAGGCCCAGGCUGGCCUCCAUUAAGCGGAUUUCCUGGGCAUAUGUUGUACCUGCCCCUCUGUCCCCAGCUGUGUCCCAGCGCUGCACUUGCCUGGGCUCAUGACCGGACCUCCAUCCCCCGUUCCGCCCCCCCCGCCCCAGUACUUGCUGCCCGUGGAGACCCUGCCUCUUCUCCCAGAGCGCCCCUUCUCUGGAUGCCCCUGCAGCAAAUGUGUGGUUGCUCCUGCCCUGUGGCCUUUGUCCUCCAGCUCCUGGGGGCUGGGCUGGGGGUCCGGGGGCCACGAUGGCUCCGGCUUCCUGAGCGUGCUCUUUGCCGGGCACUGGGUGUCAUGUCUGUUGUUCAAACUGCAGAAAACCCUGUAAAAGUGCCAUUUUUUUUUUAUUUUUUAUAAAUGGGGAAGCCGAGGCUUAAAGCGGUAGCCUGAGUAGUGAAGCCAGGACUCCUGCCACUGAAGGGACAGUAUCCCCCCACUACCCCCCAUGCGGGGAGUUUGCAUCUAAAAGGAGAAGGGCACAGGUGUCCCCCAGGAUGUGGUGCUGGGGGUGAGUGCUGUGGUCAGCUCUGUGCCUGGCCCACCUGUGUGUCAGCAUCUCACCCCACCCCUACCAUGAGCCCACCAAGGUCUACAGGUGACAGUGGCUCUAGCACAAAGGGUCUGGUGGUGGGGGUCCACCGAGGUCUGUUGAAAGCCUUUCUUGUCUGGCUGCACUGCCAGCUGCAGGGCUGGGACAUGGCCCCAGAGACAGGCAUGUGAAGCUACCUUUCAUGUGUCUGUGUGGAGACCGGCCAGUGUCUUCCCGGCCCUGCUCCUCCUGGCUUUGCCCACACGUGGUCUGGCUGCCCCAUCUACAGAUUUGGGCUAUACCCCAUGGCCGGCAGAACCUGCUCUGGGUGGCUCGGCCUCGGAGGCCUCAGACUGGUGAAGGACCGUAGUGGGCCCCCCUGCUGCCUUUAGGCCUUUGCCCAUCUGUUUGGCUCUCCCAAGGCUUUUGCUGGGGCCGUAGAACCUAAUGGAGCUGAGCUGGCCUGAGUCCAGGCUCUCGCUGCAUCUCUGCAGGGCCCCCAGUAGGUGGCACUGUGGCUUCUGUCACCGGUCCUCCUUUCUGCUCAAUUUCCCCACAGGCCAGGUUUCACCACAGUAGUGACAAGUAACGUAAAAGGAGCGAGGUGGCAUCUGUUUUCACUUGUCUGGUGCCUUUCUUUUUCCUAACCCAUCCAUCCCCCACCCAUUGGGAGCUCAGGGAAUUGCUGAGUGGUAUGGGAGGACGGACCUGGCCCAGGGCUGUCCUGCCGGCCUGCAUUCCCUGGCUCUGUGGUGGCCAGUGCUGCAGUCCUGCCCCACGGUCAGCACCUUCUCAGUGUCACCUGCUUUGUGGGCAUCAUCUGCUUCUCAGGUGGACGUCCUCAGCCGCUGCUUCUUCCUGGGGCCGUGCCCUGGGUGGGCUUGGCAGGGACCUGCAGCGCAGGCGCCACCAGGCCCCGGGUUUGGAUUCUAGCUCUGCUGCCCAGGAAGGGCUGGUGAAGCAGGCUGCCUCAGCUUCCUCGUUGUAAGGCCAGUUUGUGGCCUGCCCUGGGAGGUAGUCCUAAUGUUGGAGAUGAUGAGGGUAUAACACUGAGAACAGAAUCUUUUGUUUUAAUUUCCUUUUUUAAUAGACUUUAUUCUUUGGAGCAGUUUCAGGUCUACAGAACAAUUGUGCAGAAAGAACAGAGAGUUCCUGUGUACCCUCCCCUGCAUACACGGUUACUUCCCUGAUUAGCAUUACUAACGUUCCUGUGGUACACUUGUUACAAUCAGUGAACCAGUAUUGAUAACGUUGUUAUUAACUAAAAUCUCUAGUUUACUUUGUUGUUGGGUGCCUGUUGAGUCCAUUCUGACUCCUGGCAACCCCCCCCACCCCACACGCACACAUACGCCAAUGACACAGUAGAACGGCCCUGUAGGGUUUUCUAGGUUGUAAUCUGUACAGGAGCAGAUCAGCAGGACUUUUCUCCUGCAGAGCUGCUGGGCAGAUUCAAACUGCCAACCUUUCAGCUAGCAGCCAAGUGCUUAACUGUUGUGCCCACCAAAAACCUACAAAACCAAACCCGCUGCCGUCGAGUUGUUUCCGACUCGUAGUGACCCUAUCAGACAGAGUAGAACUGCCCCAGAGGGUUUCCAGGGAGUGCCUGGUGGAUCUGAACUGCCGACCCUCUGGUUAGCAGCCGUAGCUCUUAACCACUGCGCCACCAGGUUUCCGCCCACCAGGGGUAACCCAUUUGUGUUGUACAGCCCGUGGGUUUGAACAAGUACAUCGUGUCACGUGUUCACCAUUACAGAAUUGUGCAGAAUAGUUUCACUGCUGUGAAAAUGCCCUGCCAAGCACAGACUCUUGAACAACGUUCAUUCUCUAUUUUUCAUCUUCCAUAGCUUGAUUUUGCUCUUUCAGGUUUAAAUCUUAAAUUUCUGGGCAUUCUUCUGACUUCUUGUAGCAUCUAGCCUCCCCUCGGCUUUCAGUUGGCUUUCCUGUGCACAUUCCCCCUCUUUGGCCCUGUCUAGUGGCCCUCGUGCCAGGUCUGGGUUUAAAGUUUGGGUAACGACAGCGCUGAACAGGGACCCCACCUUGUGGACAUGGUGGUGAGACGCUUCCCGCCUGUCUCCCUCUUGCUUUGGCUGUGGAAAUGGACUUCUAAGUCCAUGAGAUUACAGUGAACACCCCUACCUCCCACUUGGCCUCAAGGGUACCAAGUGGCCACAGCCAGCAGGCCUGGGCUGUCUGCGGCACGCAGGGCCAUCGCCUCUCUCUGUCUGCUUCACUUCCUGCCUCUCCCAGAAACCCCUGAGUCAUUCUGUGCUGGGCUGAGCCAACACAGAGUUCCUGGUCCAUUAACACUGACAAGCGUGGGCCGCAGCCUCGAUGGGCCUGGAUCCCUGUCAGCCUUUGGCCUGGGCAGUGUCAAGAGUGGAGAACCAGACCACACGGCCCUCUGUCAAGGGACUACCCUUUGAUCUGUCCCCUUCCAGCAUGCACUGAACCACAUCUCUGCUGCCUGCUCUAAGCAGCUACCCUGGUCUGAGAGGGAAUUUCGGGGCUCUCUCAGCUUGCAUUUGACUCCCCCACUCCUGGCACUGUCCUGCCAGGCCUAGUGGCAUCUGCUGGCCUGGCUGUCAACACUCAGGUUCUCUUUGAUUUCUCACCGGAGCACACCUGAGGCUCUGGUCCAUGUGGCACCCUACUGAGUCAAACCAGCUUUGCCCGCCAGCUCCCGUGCCCAUGUCCCUGUUCCGUGGCCUCACGUGCCUUGUCAACUCCUGAAGCCGCUGCCCUCUUCUGCAGCCUCACUUGCCCAACAGCUCCCACCGUCUAGGCCCCCAUUCCACAGCCGUACUUCUGGCUUUGUGACUUGGCCAGAGUUCCUUCCUUCAAAGCCCUCCUUUCCUGUCUGUCAAACAGCAGCCUUCGUGCCUGUUCCCCAACACUGCUGUGACCUCCUGCGUGACCUUGACUGAGCACUGUGUGCAGCACCGGGUGCACGUUGACACAUCAGCCCUCCUAGCCAUCCCAUGGCGGCUGGAUGCCGCCCCUGCAUUGCGUAUGGGGAAACCCAGGCCUGGAGAGGUUUUGGGAAUUGCUGUAGUUGGACUGUAAGCAAGUGGCAGAGCAGACGUCGGGUACCAUGUGGUCCCACACCCUCUCCUGCCUCCGGUAGGAAACCAGGGUUCCAUCUGAAUGCUGGCACUCAGGGAAAUGGGUGGGCAGAGAGGCCCGGGUCUAUGCCAGGAGGUAGCCCUUGGGAGCCUGACGACGACUGCCCAGGGACUGCCACAGUACCUGGCCGGACAGGUGAACAGGGCGUGGGUAGGGAGCAGCUGCGUCUUGAAGCCAGGUGGCUGCUAAAUCCCAGGCCUUGGGCUCCAGGAGAACCUCUUGAUGCCUGUGUUCUUUUUUCUGCAUUUUGCAAAAUCAUCUCUUCUAGAAUAUUCCUGUUCCUGUCUGCAGACCCUAGACAGAGGAUGAGCUGGAAAACACAUGUCACAGGACCCAAGACAUCCCAGUUCUGUAGUUGAGCCCUCGAGGUGAAGCCUGGCUGGCGUGAAGCCUGGCAGGGAUGGCCUGCUCCACAGGACUGACACCUGUGGGCACUCACAGGUACCAGUGCCCCUCAAGAGGGCCUCAUGGGCCACCUGUCCUCAUGGCCAUGGUUGUGGGUCUGUGGGGGCUCCAUGUGGGGCCGGCAGCCUCUCUCCUCCAGGACACCCAGGAGUUCAACCCUGGUAGCUGCUGUGACUUGGUCCUCACAUUCCAUGGAUGGCUCACACUCUGCCUGUCCCCGAGGCCUGGAGGGGAGUUCUUCCCAACAAGCGGUCCUGGGAUGUGUUCCUUGAUAGGGUCUCAUGCUGGUGAGAAAAUGUGGGCUGGGGAGGCCAGCCAGACAGGGUGCCCUUGUAUCACCUCCUGGGGGUGAAGAGAAGUAGAAGCGAAGUGUGGCCACACAGUUAUGGCACCACAUUCCGGGUUUGCACAGGGCUGGGGAAAUGGCUGCCUGAGCAUCUUAUGCUCCUGGUCAACACCUGGGCCUGGUGGCUCCUGGGUCCUCUUUGUCAGGGAGGCCUGGGGCCCCCUGCUCAGAUGCAGUGUAUAUCCCUGGAAGGUCCGAGGACCAGGCAUGCGUCUGCUGUGGACAGGUUGAGGAAUGAAAUGAGUGAAGUUACAGAUGGAGCUGCUGCUGGUUGUUUAAGUCUGGGCUACUUGGGGCGUUUCUGAAUGGAGAGUGGAUCUUAAAAUGUGAAGUAAGUGCUGUUUUGCUGCCUUCAUCGCCUCCUGAAGAGGCAGUUAGAACCCACCGCGUGUGACCUUGGUUCACCACAGCUCUGGGGUGGGUCUUCAGGGCCUGUCUGCCAUCCCUACCAGGGAUACCAGUCCCUACGUGCCACAGGAAAGGCCAACAGGCCACGCUGGCAGGUCCGACUGGGGGAACCUUCACCCAGAGCUUGGUUUCAGGUAGGUGAGUUCUCGCUCUGGGGAGGAAGGCCGAGGAGCUGGGUCUGGGGGUCUGGUGGUCUCAAGGCGAGUGGCCAGGGCACCUUGGUCCCAAUAGAGUUCCCAGGGAUGGGAAUGGGGCUGCUUCUCCCUGUUCUUGCCCAAUUGAGGCUUAGAAGGAGUUUCCAGGGCCUGGGCUGUGGCCUGGUGUUUGAACAGUAGGUAGAAGGUGUUUUCUUGUUGAAGUGUCUGUGAUCAAGGCUGCCCGCCCCUGGGGGAGGCCAGAUCGGACUCCGCGGGGGCCUAGGCCCGCAUGUGUUGUCGGCAGGGAACUUUCUGCGUCUCACGGUAGCGCGGUAGCCCGUCUCUGGCGACUUGGGUGUGGAGCAGUCACUCAGUAGCCUGGGGAUUCUUCCUCUGCCACCAGAGCACCUGCCCUCCUGGCUUUACCGUUACUCGGUGACAGGGGGGCCCAGGGUUCACCAUUUGCCCAGCUGCUGCCUCUGUGCACAGCUGGGCCUGAGCUCGGCACUGAGACGAUGGCAGAGCAGGCACUGCGAGGACUUAUUGGAUGGCACGUACCUGUGCUCGGAUGGGCCCUGUCCCUGCAGAGACGAGAGUUGCCGUCCGUCCUUUCUGUGACUGAAGGACACCUUUGCCCAUGUUCCUCUACGCUGAUCUCUGGCCCUCCCCCUUGCUAGGAGUCUCCUCAAGGAAGGAGUGAGGAAAACUCUGGGACAGUGAGGUGUGGCCUGGCCAGGCUUGGGGCUCCAGAAGGCUGGGACAAGAUCAUCUGGUGAUACUAGGCUCUGCUGACGCCCUCCUGCUUGGUAUAGGCCUGGUCAGGGAGCCACCUCAUUCCCCCAGCCCCUCACUUGGGGCCUCGGCCUCCCAUCACGUAACAAGAGCUAGAACCUGGAAGCUAUGGAAGGAAACGCUACCUUCUGGAGAAGUAGCCCCAGGAAAUUUCUAGAAAAACAAAUGCAGUUGCAGCACUUUAGGCAUCCUGUAUAGAUCUAAAGCAGGGCACAUCUUCAGGGGUCAGCUGAGGGCCCCACGUAUAACACUCCCCGCAAUUGUUCUCAACGUCAAGUCAGUUGACAUAAAAUGAAUCUGUGUUAUAUUUUACACGUGAGAUAUGACGCACCUGCUUUAGGGUUGUUAGGUGCUGUCAAGUCGAUUUCAGCUGGUGGCGGCCCCAUGUGACAGAGCAGAACUGCCCCGUAGGGUUUUCUUGGCUGUAAUCUUUAUGGGAGCAGAUUGUCUGGUCUUUCUCCUUCGGAGCCACUGAGUAGGUUUGAACCGCCAACCUAUAGGUCAGCAGCUGAGCGCUUAACCGGUGCAUCACCAGGGCUCCUUAGAUUUCUGAAUUAUGAAAGUAAUAUACGAAAUUAAAAAAUCAAGCUGUUAUGGAUUGAAUUGUGUCCCCCCAAAAUAUAUGUUGUGAAUCCUAACCUCUAUGGCUGUGGUUAUAAUCCCAUUUGGGAAUGGAUUUCAUUUGUUAUGUUAAUGAGGCAGGAUUAGUGUAGGGUGUAUCUUAAGUCAGUCUCUUUUGAGACAUAAAAGAGAUUAAACACAAGCUGAUAAGCAAGGAUGGGGGGAGAGAGAUGCCAAGCCACAUAAUCACCGGGGAGCAGGAACCCAGAGAGAGAAGGACCUUCCUCCAGAGCCGACAGAGAGAAAGUCUUCCCCUAGAGCCAGCACCCUAGACAGUGAGAAAACAAACUUCUUUGUGUUACUCCUAUAGGAGCACUUGAUAACUACGACUGAAGCGGUACAAAAAGUUCAUGGAAAAGUAGGUUUCCUCCCAUCCCGAGGCAGCUGCUGCUACCAGCUUCUUACGUCUCCUUCCAUGGUGGUUUCUGUGACUAUGAGCAUACAUGUAUGUGUGUCUCCUCCCCAUGUUGUUAACACGAGACCAGAGUGUUCUAUGCAAGUUGGUCUGCGUUCUGUCUUGCUCCCCAACCAGCCAGCCACGUCUCUUCCGUGUUAAAUAUUAGCACAGAGACCUGCCUCAUUCUUUGGGAUGUUGAGUAUUCCUUUGGCUGACUGAACUGUAAUUUAUUAGACCAGAACCCUGUUGAUGGAUGUUUUGGUUAUUUCCAGUGUUGCUAUAAAAACUAGCGCCGCAAAGAAUGUCUUCACACACGUGCCCUGGGCGGGUAUUUUUAUAGAAUAAAUUCCUGGAAAUGGGAUUGUUGGCCGUGUUUGGUUUUUGUAUCACUAGCUGGGUGGCUCAGAAGAACAAAAAUGUAUUCUUUUGCAGUUCUGGAGGCUGGGAGUCCGAGAUCAGGGUGUUGGCCACGCUGAUUCCUUCUGAGGCUCUAGGGGAGAAUCUGUGCCUGCCCGUCUCUCAGCUGCCGGUAGUCCCGCUGCUCCUUGGCCUGCGGCUGCAAAGUCACAUGGUGUCUUUCCUCUGUCCUCCUACUUCUGUGUCUCUUCUCUUUUCUAAGGACACCAGUCAUGAUGGGUUAGGACCCGCCCUACUCCAGCGUGGCCUCAUGUUAUCUUAACCUACAGCAUCAUCAAAGAUCAAUCUCAUUUCCAGACAGGAUCACGUUCAUAGGUACAGAGGUUAGGAGGUCAACGUAUCUUUUUGGGGGACACAAUUCAAACCAUAAACCAAAAAAACCAAACCAUUGUUGUUGAGUUGAUGCCGACUCAUAGUGACCCCGUGUGUUACAGGGUAGAACUGUGCUCCAUAGGGUUUUUAUUUUUAAAUAAUAUUUUAUGGUGUUUUGAGUGAAGGUUUACACAGCAAUUUAGGUUCCCAUUCAACAAUUUCUACGCAGGUUGCUCGGUGAUACUGGUUACAUUCUCCACAAUGCAUGAACAUUCUCAUUAUUUCCGUUCUGGUUGUUUUGUUUCCAUUAAUGUAGUUAUGCUCCGUUGGGUUUUCUUGGCUGUAAUCUUUACAAAAGCAGAUUGCCAGGCCCUUCUGUGGAGCCUCUGGGGAGUUCAAACUGCCAACCCUUUGUUAGUAGUUGAGCACAAACCAUUUGCAGUGCCCAGGGACCUGUCAAUUCAGCCCAUAACACUGGCUAAGAGACUGGGUUUGAACUGGCCCGUUCUGAGGAGGUUUCUCAGUUUAGGUCCCCUCAACAAUGUACGAGCCAUUUCCUCACCUGCGAUCCAAUACCUCCCAUCACAACUAGGCAGGGCUCACCCUUCCCGAGCCUCCGUUUCCUCUCUGCAGUAGGGCUAGUGAUGCCCACUUCAGAGGGUGUUGUGGGGUUGAGUGAACAUGUGUAACCUUCCAGGGUCCAGGGCAUGUGGCACUGGGUGCAGCAAAUGGGGCUGCUGCUGUCCUCCUCCUUGUCAUCCGGGGUUGUGCCUUGUCGGUGAGGAACUUGGAGCCUUGCCCUCCUGACUCCAGGCACGUUCUUUCUGCUUCUCUGAAAGGGUCAUAGCAAAUACGCAGGGAAUUUGUAAAACUAAGGAAGUCUUCAUGGUAAGGGAUCCCUUCCCUGGCUCUCACUGUGGCCCUAAAGUAGUGUUUGAUUCCCUCAUCAUAGGUGUGCCCUCUGAGGCAUAAAA